AUGUAUUUCAAUACAUCUACAGCUGACCUAAUGGAAAACUUCACAGCAAAGCCCACCAUAUUCCCCAGAUCUGGAUAUAGCAUUUUGUCAUUCCUUAUGUUCCUAAACGCUGUAUUUUCCAUUUUUAACAAUUUGCUGGUCAUUUUAGUAACCAUGAAAUAUCCACAACUCCGCAAUCCUAUCAAUAUUUUCAUACUAAACUUAUCCUUUUCGGACCUAUUAAUGACACUGUGUGGUACCACUAUAGUGGUCAGCACCAAUUACCAUGGCUAUUUUUACCUGGGCGAAAAAUUCUGUGUUUUCCAAGGAUUUGCCGUCAACUAUUUUGGAAUUGUGUCCCUCUGGUCUUUGACAAUGUUGGCGUUUGAGAGGUACAGUGUGGUUUGCGAGCCAGUAGGAGCAUUGAAGCUUAACAUUCAGAGAGGUUAUCAAGGCCUGGCAUUUAUCUGGCUCUUCUGUCUUGUUUGGGCUAUAGCACCACUAUUUGGCUGGAGUUCCUAUGGACCUGAAGGUGUUCAGACUUCUUGCUCAAUUGGCUGGGAGGAAAGAUCCUGGAGUAACUACAGCUACCUGAUUGCCUACUUUCUGACUUGCUUCAUUAUUCCUGUAGCAAUAAUCGUAUUUUCAUAUGGAAGCAUACUGCUCACAUUGCAUAAGCUGAACAGGAAAAUUGAAAAUCAGGGGGGGAAGACAGACCCGGAAGAAGAGAAAAGAGUAAUAGUGAUGGUGCUUUUUAUGGUGAUUGCUUUCCUUGUAUGCUGGCUGCCAUAUACAGUGUUUGCUCUUAUUGUCGUCAUCAAACCGACCCUCUACAUUAAUCCGCUCGCUGCAACUCUACCAACUUAUUUUGCUAAGACAAGUCCUGUCUAUAAUCCAAUCAUCUACAUUUUUCUAAACAAACAGUUCCGCAGUUGUGCUGUUGAGCUGUUGACAUGUGGUCACAUUGACCUAUCCGCACCAAAGGAGGAUACAAUUUCUAUGGUUGGACCAGUGGAAAAACAAACUGAUGUCAAACCCAAUCAAGUUGCACCAGCUUAA